AUGGAAAACAACAAUUGGCUUGGAAAGAUAAUCGGCUUUCUGUCUAUAUUCGUACUACUGACCAUCUUCAGAUACCAUCUGAAGAUCGAAAUAAGGCAGGAGCUGGAGCAAGCUCUAGAGACACAAAAAAAACCACGCACAGCACGGGACAUCUUCAACGAAUACAAAAACAAUCCGGGUCACAAAUUUCUUACGAGGAGUGAGCGGAGAUUCAGAGAACAUCAGCUGCGGAAACACCUAAAACAGACCUGGAACCAAGAGCAGAGCCUCACCCACACCAAUGGAACGGAGCCAGUGAGGAGAGAGAAUCCCGCCGUUAAGGAAUUUAGCCGCAUGAACAGGCAGCUGAGGCAGCCUUCCCCCCAAAAGUCUCCUUUUUCCCACCUACUCCAUCUCCUCUUCAUAAAGCUGUGCAUAUACACAGCUUUGCCCUUUCUUACUCUCUCCAUUUUCUGUCACAGUCUUCGGAUUAGUUUGACAGCGUCAUUGUUGCUUGAAGUUGAGGAAGAAUCAGAGGACGUGGGAGAGCUAGACUCUGUUUGA